CUUCACAGGUAUAGGCAAUAUGGGUUGUGGGAAAGGUAUGCAGAAUUAUACCCAAAUGAAGAUUUAAUUUACACUGUGGGUGUAAGUGAUUAUACAAAAGAUUGGUUCUUUGCACAGGUCACAAGAAAGAAAGAAGAUGGCAGUUACCAAGGAACUACAUGGCAAAUUAAGUUCAACCUCGAUGACACAGAGGCAAGUAAAAUCUACAAACUGCGGUUGGCACUUGCAAGUGCAAAUGUGUCAGAAUUACAGGUUAGAGUGAAUGAUCCGGAACAAGACCCUCCUGUGUUUACUACAGGGGUGAUUGGAAAAGACUUUUCAAUAGCUAGACAUGGAAUUCAUGGACUCUAUUGGCUAUUCAACAUUGAUGUGUCUGGGUUUUUGCUAGUAAAAGGUGUUAACACUCUGUUUUUAACUCAAACUGUGGCAAAUGGUCCCUUGGCUCGCUUUCAGGGAGUUAUGUAUGAUUAUAUACGCCUAGAAGGUCCUAACCCUUUUUCUGCUAUAAAAGAGUAUUAA